AUGUUUCAAUACGUUGUUAUCUUAGCUCUUGCCUCUGCCGUUCUGGCCAACCCAGCUGCCAAGCCCGAUCCAAGUUUCGUUGCAGCUCCUCUAGCAGUAGCCCCAGCUGUAGGUCCAGCAGUCGUCACUGCACAAAGUUCUCAAGUAUUCGCUCGACAAUACAACGCUUUAGUCGCUCCAGCAGCUCCUCUUGUAGCAGCCGCUCCGGUUGCAGCAGCUCCUCUCGUGGCAGCCGCUCCAGUAGCAACAGCACCUUAUGUAGCAGCUCCCGCCGCUCCUUUGUUGGCGAGUUACAGGGUCGCUGCCCCUUACUUAUCUGCUCCUGCUUAUUUAUAA